AUGUAUGGCCAAAACAACGAAUCCGACCCAGCGAGCGGGCAUGGUGCACCGGACGCAUCUUCAAUGGGAACUGGGACCCAUCUUCCAUCCGGGAAUCCACUAGUUCAGGUGCCUGGCCAACCAUCCGCUGCGACAGCGCCUGGGUACGGUGCCUAUUACGGUUACACCGGUUACGCUGCAUACGACUACGGUGCGAACUACGGAAAUGUGUCUGCCGCGGCAACGAUACCUCCUACGCCUCCAGUAGCGGCGCCAUUGGCACCCAUGGCUGUGCCACCCCCUGCUCCAAUGGCGCCGGAUACUACCACCGUUCCGUAUACUAUGGCUCCACCUUCUGCUGAGGAGAAGCUUGAGAGCGUUCAGCGCUGCCACAUGCACACGAAGCCAGACCUUAAUUGCAAGUUUUGCCGCAAAUACAAGUCUGCCGUUCACGAAAUGAGCCGUCUUGCUGCCCAGCAGAGCGGUCAGCAGCCAGCUGAGAAACCUAACCAGCUGCCAAUGACCAACUCAAGCACCUACAACCUGAAUACUUUGCUUUUGAGUAACAUUCUCCACUCGGAGUACUACAAGUCUCUAUCGACGAUGAACUCUUACGUCGAUGUGAUGAACGAGUUGAUUCAGUACGCUGACCACGCGGAGCCGUACUGCAGCACGGCAACCCGUGCACCGUCCACCCUCUUCUGCUGCCUGCACAAGCUUCUAACGUUGAGGCUCACUGAACGCCAGAUGACAGCUCUCAUUGACUGUCCCAAAUCUCCAUAUCCGCGUUGUUGCGGAUUUUUGUACCUGCGGUUCGUCCUGCCCUCUGAUCAGCUGUGGGACUGGUUCGAGCCGUACCUAAUGGACGACGAAACGUUUGUUGUGAGUGUGAACCCCAGCCGCAAAACCACGAUCGGUGAAUUCUGUGAGCGUCUGCUGAUGGACGACAAGUACUUCAACACAGUGCUUCCGCGUCUACCAAUGCGUUUCAAGAAUCGCCACGGCCCUCAUUUGUUCAGCAUGGCCGAACACCGGCGUCGGCGUGUUAGGAACCUGGAGUCCAUGGAUGACUUCGUUCCCGGAAAAUCGGUUUCCGCGUUCAUUAGUGGCGACUGGGUGGAGUGUACCAUCCAAUCGGUAUCCGACGAUUACCCUACGGUAACCGUCUCGCUAACCUCCGGAGAGGAGCACACCAUCGACAUAGGAUAUAUAUCGCUCAAGAAGGCUGAGAAAUCUGGCUCUAAACGCGGGAGGGAGUCGGAAUCUCCAGAGGAUGGUGGUCGCGGCCGGCAGCCUCGAUACACUGACCGUCACCGCACUCGUGACGGUUCUCCCGAUUCUAAAAACUCGAAAGAGGCGCUGCUACGCGAAUUCAAGCGGCGCGAGAGCGAGCGCGCCCUGGCAGUUGGGAAGGUACGUUUGUGUGUCGUGGCGCCCUAA